CAAACUCAAAAGCUAGCGUUCAAACGAGUUAUAGUACUGACUGUACAUACCAUUCCCAUUGCCUACCUGUGCCCCUAUCACUAUCAUCACCAGCCAAACAUAGAGACAACUGCUAUAUUAUUUUGGUUGUCAAGACUUAUGAUUUUAGUUUUGUUUUCCUCUUCUUCAGCAGUUUUUACCAUAAAUAUUGUGAAAUAUAUUGUCAUAUAAUUUGGUCGAUCAGUAGAUGAGAUAUAUAUGUGUGGAUUAGUCACGAGUUAUGACAUAAAACGGCAUAAAAAGUAAUCCGAUAUUUGAAGUGAAAGACGAGGACCGGCUGUUGUGGUGAAGAAGCCGUUCCUUUCUAUUGUUUGUCUCUCUCUUUCUCUCUUAUAGUGAGUGUAUUGUAAAGUAAUAGUAAUUGCAUUGAAAAACUCGCUUAAACUUAGCUCUACCUAAAUAACAACAACACUCUACUCAUCAAAUAAAGUUAUUAUUGGUGUUCAUACUUGUGCUCAUCUGAUACCAGUUCGUAAACAUACAGAAACACCACUAAAAUGGCCUGUUCUGCAGUCACUCUAUCGGUGGCCACUAUUAUAUCAGUGGUGGCCGUCGCCUGUCUGUCCAUUGGAUUCAGUACUGACAACUGGUAUGAGAUAAGGGUUGACAAGAAUAAGACAAAGCUAUACAUUGAGACACACGAACUGCAAACUGAUUACGAAAAAGACUAUCGAUAUUAUAGUAGAGAUGAAGGACUCUUCCGGAUCUGUUUCGCAGAAAAGAAAGCCAAAGAAGUGCCCACCUACCUGUCCCCCACGCAAACUGAAUGCUUUAAUAUCGACUAUUAUAUACCUGAAAAUGAAAUCUCCGAUAAAUUCAGUGAUCAACGAUGGGAACGAUUACAUAUGGCCCGAUCGGUGGUCGCCUUAUAUAUCGUCGCCUUUUUCUUCUUGUUUUUGUCUUUCUUCACUGGAAUCGCAGGCUGUUGGAAGAGAUCGCACGCAAACCUGGUCUCCACCGGAUUAUUGCAACUCUUAAGCUCACUUAUGGAUGCCGGUGCUAUGGGUCUGUGGCACGCCGUCCAGUUUUAUGAUCACCAUAAGCUCAAAGACCAAUACUCUUACGCUCAAUGGCCGGAUGUCCUCAAGCAGACAGGAGUGACCGAAUUUUACUACGGUUGGUCAUACAUCCUGGCCUGGAUCGGUAUCUGCCAGUGUCUCAUCUCUUCCAUCAUGUUUUUGUCAGCUGCCCGUUGUAUACGAAAUGAGAAACGCAUUGAACAGUCCAAGAAUAUGCAGUACUUGAUGCCGGUAUAUCCAGACAAGAGAAACCCAUACGGUGUCAACUAUGCCUACGCCUAUCCCGGGCCAUACCAUUAUCACGGUUCACAGUAUGGUAUCGGUCCAUACGCCUAUUAAACAAACAAUAUGAUGCCUAUUGCAAGAAAAAUAGCAAACCUCUUUGAGUGCCUACAUUAGUUUAUGUAAUAAUUAUUAUUAUUAUAAUAGU